GCAGCAAAUAGGAAAACCGAAAAAGAAGGCGGCAAAGGAUAGGAUUUGUAGCGGUCAACCGCCCGCUUACCUGAAAACAACGAUAGUUUAUUUUUGACAAAAAUGGCGGCAGCAUCAUCAUCUUCCAUGGCGGCCACAGCCGUUUUGAUUCCACGUGCCCCCGCGGUCGUUACAACCACUCGUUGUUCUACCUUGCGGCUCCUCCCUCCUCGCGUUUCCGCCGCUCCCUUUUCCUCGUCCGUUAAGCUGACUCCAGAAUCCAGGAGGUUUCCUUUGCUCCAGACAAAAGCCACGGAGGAGACCUCUGUUGAUGCUGGGGAGCUUUUCGCUGACUUGAAAGAAAAGUGGGAUAAAGUUGAGAACAAGUCCACAGUUAUUAUUUAUGGUGGCGGGGCAAUAGUUGCUGUUUGGCUAUCAUCGAUUCUUGUUGGUGCAAUUAACUCGGUCCCUUUGCUCCCAAAGGUAAUGGAAUUGGUUGGACUAGGAUAUACAGGAUGGUUUGUCUAUAGAUACAUUCUCUUCAAGUCAAGCAGGAAAGAACUAGCUACCGAUAUUGAGGAACUGAAAAAGAAGAUUGCUGGAACUGAAUAGAUUGGCAAUGGCAUAUGCCCAUUGGCAUCUUUGCACCCUGUAAGAGAGACAACUGUAUUCAUGUAAUUGUGAAAUUUCCUUGUAUGAAUUCUUGUAACCUUAUUAUAUUUGCCCUGGGCCUGGAAUAAAGUUUGUCAAUUUUAUGUGUAUGCCUAUAAUUUCCUACCCUAUAUAUGCCAUGUUUAAUGCACAGAGAGAGUAGCCCAUUUAUGCCAUUAAAAUGUACAUUGAACCAAAUAUAUUCCCUUUACCAACAAAUUCCUCUAGCAACAAUCUCAAGCCUGAAAAAGCUUCUUGAU